UCUUAAAAAAUUGACAUACUACUAGCUACAGUCAUCAUGAACACUCACUCCAAUGAAAGAUAUAAUUUGAUAGGGUUGAUAUAUCAUUACGUCAAAGAACAGGAGAGUUGUUAGCUAGCUAGCUAGCUGUUGAAGUUGACCUCAUCAAUGGAGAUCCAUGCAAAUUAAAUUAAACUACCCCUUUUUAAUAAACUCCCUACAAAACACUUAUUAAAAAUAGGGUUGGUGAAACUUAAUUACUAUUUCGUUGAAGAACGAUAGUAUGUACAAAGCAUCUUAUAUACGGCAAGAAUGAUAGCUAUAUAUGUGUGUCUAAACGAGUAUAUUUACUUAUUUAGUGUUAUUGUUGGCUAUAACUCGGGAUAUUGUAUUGGCACGACGGUGUUGUACCGAGAUUCUUUAAAAAAACAGUCUAAAAAUUGGUUUUCAAACCAGACCUAUUAACUGACCUUUAUAUUCAGGAGUCGUUUGGAUGGAGUAUUUGUAUGAGUUAUCUGUGAGUUAUUUGGGUUCAAAUAACUAGUUUGACAUCGUUUUACUGAAAUGAGUUAUUUGGACAGUGGGUUAUUUACAAAUAACUCAAAACUAGUCAUUUGAAAUAACUCAUACCCAUGUGUUAUUUUGAGAAAUAACUCGUUUUACCAUUCUGUUUUUACCAAAUACCACAUGUCAAAUAUCCCAUUUGCAUGGUUCAACCAAACGAGAUACUUUAAAUAACACUGAAAUACCUCAUGAAUAAUAAAUGAGUAAUUUGACUCUACAAAUACCACAUUGACAAUUAACCUAUCCAAACGAACCCUGUGUAGACUCGAACUAAUAGACUAUCCCAUCAGAUAUCUUCCAGACUUACCAAACCCAAUUUAAUUACACACUUUGGUUUUCGUCUUCAUGCACAUACAAAAAACGAAAUUUGUUUACCUACUACAGUCUCUAAUCCUCUUAAUUAAACAAAACCCACAAAAGAGCAAUUAGUAUAGCUCCCUUCUUCUUCCUCCUCUUCCUCUCCAUCUCCAUCUCCCUUCUUUCGGAUACGUAAAUAUUUUACCAUUCAGUCAACCGUACGAACAUUUUUUCGAAGAGGAAGAAUGACCUGAUUUUCUGGCCAAGAUUUAAGAAACCUUCAAGUAGGCGCAAAGUUUGGCGAAAAGCCAUUCAGACGGAGGAAGAGAAAUUGGUGAUCAGCGUUGAGCCGUUGACUCUCCCUCCUCUUUUUGCUUUGUGUUUGCUUCCAUGUUCAUCUUCGGUCGAUCAAUGUACGUUCAACGAAUAUACGCGCCACCACCACGAAAGUCAACGCUCCCAUGGUAACGUACUAAUACCCAAAAUUUUUAAAUACCUUCUUCUUAUAAUAAUUAUAAUUAACUUAAUUUAUCUGCAACUCGAUCUAUCUCUCUAUGGGGCGGUUCUGUGCUGAUUUCUGGUUUCUUCGAUCGAUCGGCUUUCAUUAAUUUGCUGAGGAAGAAAAGGGCUUCUUUUUUGCCCCUUUUUCCAAACUAAAAGAUAUAUGAUUGAUUCCUUCUGUUGUUGUGAGAUUGUUUGGAGUUCUUUCUUAUUUUUAUUGCGUUGGGUUGUUUGGUUUUGACUUAAGAGAAUCAAAAACGAGCUAAGUGUGAGAUAAGUUAGGGUGAUAAGUGAGGUUUAAGAAAUGUCUGGGGGUGAUUAGGGAAGCCACAAAAAGUUGCAUUCUAGACCUUGUACAGUCAAUGAAUACAUGAAGUGUAAAAAAAAAAAAAAAAGAGUAGUGUUUGUUUCUAUCCAGAUCGUAAAACAAAUGUAUGUGUUGUCUUGUAAUGUGAAACCUUCGAUUCGACAAAAAAAAAAAAAAACGAGAUCACAGAGCUUUUAUGAGUUUGUUGUCAUUUUUUUAUUUUCAUAUAUUAUUGGUUUCGUUUUAUAUGUCCCAUCUUUCUUUCCAUUUUUGCUACAUUUUUUUUUUGUAUUGAAACCAAAAUACGAAUAUGGCAAAAUCUCUCUUAAAAAAUAAUGCUAUAUAAAUCCCAAACAUAAAUCCCAAGACCUGAUAAUCAGACCUAGUAAUCUUCAUUUUAUAUAUCCAUUAUAUCAACAUAUGCAUUCAUUACAAAGAUAACAAUUUAUUAUACAUAAUUCUCAAAACGACUCUAAAAAAGAAACUCGUUCAAGUUAGAUUCAAACCCAACACUUAAAAGUUAUGACACUGUUGUAAUAGUAGAAGCAUUGGACUAGAAUUAGUUGAUUGACAUUGGUAAUUACUUCUUUAAUUGCUCUAAAAUGUUGGAUGAUCUUGGCUUAGCUAGGGAGAUGUGUAUUUGAAGUCUUGACGAUGGCCAGUUGUGAUCUAAUUUACGUGUUGUUUUCUGUGUGGUGGAAUCUUAAUUUUACAAUCAUAGUUCUUCUUUCAUAUGCAAAUGCAAUCAUUCUUCUGGAAUCGGGAUUUCAUUUGAGUAAUUAAAUAAUUAGCUUGUACUUAAUGGCAGAGGAGAUAGACUUGAGUGGUUAGUAGUACAAGUAGUAGCAAUAGUAAUAAAUGGAGGCCGUGCUAGAAACGCAGGGUUAGCCAUUUCCUCCGCCAACAAAACCGGCUUCCUUCAUUUCUUUCCUAAAAAAAAAAACACUUAAUGAUAUCUCAAUCUGUAUUAUGAAAAAAAAACAACAUUUGUAUUACGAAUAGAAUGGUUAUGGAUGAUACCCAUUGGGAGGGGUUACGGUGCUAAUUGUAGAAUAGUUAGCACCGUCCUAAUCAAGGGAAAAACUACUACUAGUUUGAAUUAGUAGUGAUUUAGGUUAGAUGUUAUAUUGAUUUUAUAAUAAUCCGUAGUGAUUUUUGCUAGUUAUCACGGUGCUAACCCCUAUAAGGGUUAGCACCUAAUCCCAUCCCAUACCCAUUAUAUCGUAGAAGAUCAUUGAAUGGAUAUGUUCCAAGAGAAUUGAUGUGAGUCAUACUAACUAAGAAAUUCGGCUGUGAAAUUACAUUCUUUAUAAACUUGUGAGAUUCUAACAUCCCAAUAAAACUCCAAAAUUUGACCAGUUUGUUGUGCCGAAAUGUCACGUGUCUUCGAUAAUUUUCUUUACACAUGAUGCUUAGAGCAGUGACUGAGUUGAUGCGCAACAAUACAUCAUUGGUAAUUAAAGCGUUGGACUGAGUUGAACGAUCGAGAUUUCAUAUUUAAAUUCGGUAAUAUCGUCUAUCAAAACUAUUAUUCAAACACCUAAAAUUAGUUUAAGCAAAAAGGGCUUUAUUAAAGCAUCAUAAAUCAAUUUUGCCUAGACACGUUCAACCCCCUCUGGUAGUAUAACACUUCUUCUGAUAGCGCUACCUAAAGAAGUGGCAAUCUACCAAACGGGGUUGUCACCGGAUCUCAUCCCCGUUCUUUGUUACCAGACGGGGAUGCCCGAAAUCUGCACCAGAAGGCAGAAGUUCCCUUAUGAGAACAAAAUUUGUGUUUUAAGGUUUGUAUACAUGCUAUUGAGGCAAAGAAAUGGGUACGUUACAUGAAUCUGUAAGUUGUAAAGGCGACGCGUUUGACCAAAGGCAAAGAAAACAGAGAAAAAUCUUGAUCUAUAAUUAAAUUAAACUAAAUUAAAUUAGACGUAGCAAAACCAAAAAACAAUUCAUUUCGUCUUCUUCUUCCUCUUCCUUUUUUCUGGUCUUUAACCAUCUCAACGUUUAGCCCAUGUGACCUUUCCUCCCUCGAUGCACUUCUCAUGGAGCAGCACUUAAUGCUCUCUCCCCGCCCUUUCUUUAUUCUUUUCGGGUCUCAAAGUAACUCAACUUUCCACCAUUCUUUCUUCCUCUUAUAUAAACUCCAUUGGCACAGGAUCCACUGCAAAAUAACCACCCACCUACACAACAACGUUUUUCCUCCCUUCUUCUUCUUCCUCCAUCCACAAACCAUCUUCACGUUUUCCUCCAAUUGAUCAUUAACUUCCCCCCAUUUCCAUCCAUUCAUUGGCUUUGGUUAGUAUCGACUCUCUGUUCCGUCCCUCAUCUUCCCCAAUGAGCUUUCUCGGGAUUCAACAAUGUCUAACAAUGAUUCUUUCUCCUUGUCAUUCGUGAAACAGGGCACGGUGGUCGUCAGCAAAGAUGGGCAUGACGCGGACCUUCAAGAGCGGGGACUACCUGGAAGGAAUGCUGAGCGAUUACGUCGGAGGAGGAGGAGGUAAAGGCUCCAACAAGCAUACAAAGACGGCACCGCCACAAUCCAGAAGCUCGGCAGCAGCGAGUUCUGCUCGCCUCGUCACCACGUUAACCUGCCUCCAGUUCGCGUUCGCGGUCUACGCGACCUUCCUCCUCUACUACAUGAGCCCGACCAUCGACCUCCGGACCAAGCCGGACUUCGCGUGGGCCAGCCGCGUGGCCCACGCCUGGAAGCGGCACUUCUUCAUCCCGCCCCACGUCGUGGGGCGGUACCAGGAGUCCGCGGCCUCGCUGGUCCGCGAACAACAGUACAUUACUGCUGCGUCAGUGGUGCCAUCACAGGUUUGCGAGCACGAAAAAAUCGAUUUCUUGCAGAAGAAGUCAACGGAUUCCGCCAUGAUCAAGCUGAAGAGGGAGCUCUACGACGAGGUUUUGAACUUUCAGGGGACGGCAAUCGGGACAGAGUCUCUGGUCCAGCUGAUGGGGAUGAAGUCGAGGUGGGACAUUCGCAACCCGAUUCGGCCCAAAGUGACAGUCAUCCUCAACCAUUUCAAGAGAAAAACGCUGUGUGCUCAGCUGGAUUUGCUUCUCCACCAGACUCUCCCUUUCCACCAUGUUUGGGUGCUGGCAUUCGGCUCCCCCAACGAGGAGUCGCUCAAGCGGAUCGUGGAGAGCUACAACGAUACGCGGAUUAGCUUCGUGAGCUCGAGCUACGAUUUCAAGUACUACGGGAGGUUCCAGCUAGCAUUGCAGACGGAGGCUGACCUGGUGUACAUUGUGGAUGAUGACAUGAUUCCUGGGAGGAAGAUGUUGCAGAUUUUGUCACACGUGGCCGGGACAGAGAAGUAUAAGAACUCUGUUUUGGGGAGUAUUGGCAGGAUUCUGCCUUUCAGGCAGAAGGAUUUCACUUUCCCGAGUUACAGAAAGUUCAGGUCCAAGGAGGCAGGGAUUUACUUGCCUGAUCCUGCUUAUGAUAUCACGGUGGAUAAGAUUGUGCAGGUUGAUUUUCUCUCCAGCUCUUGGUUCUUGUCUGCUGAGCUUGUCAGGACUCUGUUCGUUGAAGCUCCUCUCACUUUCACGACUGGAGAAGAUCUUCACCUCAGCUACCAGUUACAAAAGUACAGAAAUGCAGGGUCGUUCGUGCUACCAGUGGAUCCAAAGGACAAGGAGACAUGGGGAGACAGUGAGCACAGGCUAGCCUACGUAUCCGAGACCACGGUGAUCUUCAAGGACGUGGUCCAAGUUCGGGAUGAUCAAUGGUGGAGAGCGAUGUCGAGUGGCUACGUGACGCAGUGGGCUAAGAUGUACCCGCAGAAGAUCGAUGCACUCUUCUACGCGCACUCGAUCGACGAGGUGAGAGUCCUGAGCCCGCUCCUCGAGAAGUUCAGGUCGACGGUGGGGAAGAAAGCGUACAUUGCUGUCCCCGGUGGGACGUUCUGCCCUUGUGAGGAUGCUGCAACUGCACUGAACUGGCCUAAGUUGGUGUGCAAGGAGAGGAGGUUCAAGAUAUUCGAUCUCGGAGUAGGGGCACUGGCAGGAGUAUCGAACUCCGAGGUGCCCGUGGUUCAAUCGGUUUAUGCCAGCAUGAAAGGGCUGAUCAAAAUGCACAAUCCGAGUGUUGUGAUCACGGUGAAUGAUGUUGAUUCUGAUGUGAAGAAAGCUUUGAAGAUGGCUGUUGAGAGUAAUAAUGGCACCACCACUUAUGUGCUUCUCCCUAGGGCUUCUAUUCCUAAGACCCUCUGGAUGGCUGACCUAAGAUCCACUGCCUUGCCAAAUUGGAACAAGAUGAGAAUUUCCGUCAAUAUCAUCACUCAAAAUCGUGUUUCAUCGUUGACAAGGCUACUCAAUUCGCUAAGCAAUGCAUACUACUUGGGAGAUGAGGUACCAAUCACAUUCAACAUGGACAGCAAAGUGGAUGAAGCCACAAUAAGGCUAGUGACCACUUUCAACUGGCCACAUGGUCCUAAAACCCUAAGAAGAAGGAUCAUCCAAGGAGGCCUGAUUCGAGCCGUGAGCGAGAGCUGGUACCCUGCUUCGGACGACGAUUUUGGCCUCCUCCUCGAGGACGACAUCGAGGUCUCCCCAUACUACUACCUUUGGAUCAAGUACGCGCUCCUGGCAUACCACUACGACCCUCAAGUAUCCCUCCCCGAGCUCUCCUCGAUCUCGUUGUACACCCCGAAGCUCGUCGAAGUUGUGAAGGAGAGGCCCAAGUGGAAUGCCACGGACUUCUUCAAGAGAAUCCACCCAAACACACCUUACCUCCACCAGCUCCCCUGCAGUUGGGGAGCUGUCUUCUUCCCCAAGCAAUGGAGGGAAUUCUACGUCUACAUGAACAUGAGGUUCACCGAAGAUGCCAAAUCGAACCCGGUCCAGAUCCCCAAAUCUAGAACCAACGGGUGGCAGGCGUCGUGGAAGAAGUUCUUGAUCGACAUGAUGUACUUGAGAGGGUACGUCAGCUUGUACCCGAACUUCCCGGGUCAGGCGAGCUUCUCGACGAACCACAUGGAGCCCGGGGCUCACAUUUCGGCCAAGGACAACGUGGUGAAGCACGACAAGACCGAUUUCGAGGUGCCAUUGAUGAAGGAUGACUUCAGGGGAAUGUUGCCUGGUGCGAAGUUCCCGCCGGCUUCGAAGCUGCCCUCGUUGAACCUGUUCAAUCAGCCUGUGUCGUUGAAGGGUCUGAAAGCUGCUGGUGCAAAGUUGGGGCAGGAUGUGCUGAAGUGUGACAAUGCCACUGAGAUUGUUGCUGUUGAUCACCAGACUGGGCUGCCACAUCGAUGUGUCAAGUUCUGAUUCAUCUGCACUCUGUUUCAUUGUUGUUGAUUAUUACUAUUCUUUGUUCAUACGUAUGUAUUUUUAAUUUGGAAGUGGCUGAGAGGAAGAAAAAGGGUUGCCAAAAGAGGUGAAGAGACCCCAGGAAAGAGGGGGAAAAAUAGAGGAAAUGGAAGCCAAAAGUGGCUUCUUUCUUGUUCGUGUUGUCUCUUUUGUCAAGUAAUAUAAAUGGUUAGAUCCAGAAAACAGGGGAUUCAUUGCAGAACCAAUCUGGUUAUGAUAUUGAGGUUGAUUUUCUUUCUGUUUAAGCUAUUUCCAUCUCAAGUUUUAGGAAAAGGUUGGUUACAUGCAUAUUGGCUACCUUAUAUAUAUGCAUUGAGUAUUUGGGGAUGAUUAUGUAACUGAUUUGAUGUAUAUUUUCUAUCAAUUUGGCUGUGAGAGGACAAUAUUUGGUGUUAUAUAUCACUCAGGAUUGAUAGGUUACUUAACAUUUUUUAUUUUCUAACUUUGGAUUUGUAUACUUGUUAUACUUUUUGUUAUAUGGAUCUGUAUCAAAUAUCGUACGUGAAAAGCAACAUUUUAUAAAAGAUGAGUGAGCCAACCUUGAAAUGCGUCCAGAUGCACUCAGUAAAUUUUGAAAUAUUGCGAAUUGGUUUAUCGAGUAGGGUAAGUUAUUCUCUUAAGGCAAUGAUGCAUUGGAACUUGGGUGGGAUGGGGGUGGGUUGUGCAGCAGCAAAAUCACAUAAUACUCUGCCCAUAAAUACAUUCUGCAAUUGUGGUAGUAAUCGAUACUUGUCUGAAUCCAUAACUGAUAAUGAUUCGACUAUUUUGACGUGUCAUUACCAAUAUCCUAAUAUCUCGGACCCAAACUAACAAGUCGUGAUAUGAAAACCAAUUAAUUUCUUAUAGAUUGCAGAAUUAUGCAUUGAUUUUUUUUUCUUUUUGAUAAUAUUUCAUUUUUCUUUCCAUUUAUUUCGCAUUUCAAAAUCUGUCCUAUUUUAUUUAUUUUUCAUAGUUAUCAUAUAAGCCAAAAGUAAAACAGGCAAACAGCU